AUGGCUACAUCAUCGGCUCUUUCUACUACUACUACUAAGGAAUUGAUCACGUCUUCUCCUUACCACCUAUCCUCUAAUGAUCAGCCGCAUCAUGUUCUUACUCCGUUUCUCCUUAAUGGUGAAAACUAUGAGAAGUGGGCUAAGAUUGCACGCAACAAUCUUGCAGCAAAGCAUAAACUUGGUCUUGUCGAUGGUACUCUUCUUAAACCUGCUACUGAUUCUCCCGAUUACCAACGGUGGGUUCAAGUCAACUCGAUGUUAUGCGGCUGGCUCUAUGCGAGUUUAGAUCCUCAAGUCCAGAAGGUGAUCUCGUUUGUUGACAACGCAAAAGUCAUAUGGGACAAUUUGCGUGUUUGUUACUCUAUUGGGAAUGCUUCUCGUGUUCAUCAAAUAAAAUCUUCUAUUGCUCGAUGUGCUCAAGAUGGUCAGCCUGUUGCUGAUUAUUUCGGCCAACUCAAGGUCAUGUGGGAUGACCUUGAUGAUUUUGAGCCCUUUAUUGAUUGUUGUUGCAAUUCUCCGUCUUGUCCUCAACGUCUCAAGCAACAAGCACGUCGAGAUCUUGAGCAUAUUCAUCAAUUUCUCAUGGGUCUCGACGCUUCUCGGUUUGGUACUACACAUACCAAUAUUCUUAGCCGUCUCAACCGCGACACCGAUGUAACAAUUGACCAUGUUUACUCUGAAGUUAUUGCUGAAGAACGCCAUCUUAUUGUGGCUCGAUCUAAAGAAGAACGUAUUGAUGCCGUCGGUUUUGCUAUGAAAGCUGGUGUCAAUGCUAUUGCAUCCGCUACACAUCUAACUCAAGGACCAUGUACUCAUUGUAGCCGUACCAAUCACUCGGUGGAUACAUGUUUCGAACUUCACGGCUUGCCCGAUUGGUGGAUCGAGAAACAUGGUGAUACUAGAGGAGGAUCACGAUCCAACUCCACUCAAGGUAACGGUCGUGGCUCUUACCGCCGAAGCGGUCGUGGGCGUUCCUCUCCUACUUCCUAUCGUGCUAACAAUGCUCAAGCUCUUUCUGAAGCUGAACUCCCUGACUUACCUGGUGUAAGUAAGGCCACCUGGUCUGCUAUUGUGAACUUGUUAAAACCUGACCAAACCUCUGGUUCCGAUAAGCUUUCCGGUAAGCAUUCUUGUGUUGAGUUUUUACUUGACUCUGGAGCGUCUCAUCAUAUGAUAAGUGAUGAUGAUCUCCUUGUGGAUGCGCAUGACAUUCCUAGAAGUAUUGUUGUUCUUCCCAAUGGAAAACAUACUUUCCCUACUAAAGAAGGGACGAUGAUCCUUGGAGAUCACGUUGAACUGAAUCGUGUUCUCUAUGAUCCUGAUCUUUCUUGCACUCUCAUCUCUCUCGCUAGAAUUUGUCGUGAGCUGUCCUCCUAUGCUUUAUUUACUGAUACAUUGUGUGUUAUACAGGACCAUACUUCGAAGAUGCUGAUUGGUGCAGCUGACUUACCAAUUCGUUUUUGGGACGAGAGUGUCCUCACGGCUGCGUCUUUAAUCAAUCGCACUCCUACUCCGCUUCUACAAGACAAAACCCCGCAUGAGCUUCUUCAUUCUACUCCUCCGAAUUUUGCACAACUUCGCGUAUUCGGUUGCUUGUGUUUUGCCAAACGCCAUUCUUCUCGUCGUGAUAAGUUCCAAGAACAAGGUCGAAGAUGUAUCUUUCUCGGGUAUCCUCCUAAUCAAAAAGGUUGGCGUGUUUAUGACAUGGAGACUAAAGAUAUUUUCGUCUCGCGUGAUCCUGUUGCGUCUCCGGUCAUUCCACUACCGCUUAUCUCCAUAAAUGAUUCUGUUUCCGAGACAACACCUCCGACUCUCGAAAACAGGGGGAGUCUUCCCACACCUAUCCCUACUACAGUCGUUGAUUCUCCGCCUACUACAGCUAUUGUCUCUCCUUCAACUCCUAGUAAUGAUGUUGUUACAUCUCCUGAAUCCGCUGCUGUCUCUGAUGAGAAUUCUGAUGAUUUUGAUGUUGGUACUGAACCAUUUGGUCGUGGUCAUCGCACGAAGUUGCCGUCUAUUCGGCUUAAACCUUAUGUUGCUUACUCCGCAUGUUACCCUGAAACUCUCAUCUCUCUCAAACCUUCGUCUACUCCAGCAUCUUCAUGUACUUGUUUCUAUCCUAUAGCACACUAUGUUUCUUUUGACAAAUUUCGCUCUGCCCAUCAAAAGUUCCUUGCAGUCGUGACUAUGGUUGAUGAACCGGUUACUUAUAAGCAAGCAGUUCAACUAUUAGAAUGGCGUGACGCUAUGUGCAAGGAUAUCGAUGCACUCAAACUUAACGAGACCUAG